UCAGCCUGGGAGAGCGGAGUGGGAGUAGGGGGAAAGGAGGAGGAGGAGGAGGUAGGACCAGCUGAUCCCCUCGCAGCAUCCAUCGCAGCAGCAUCCCCGACCCGCUGCAGAGAAGACGGGCGGAGAGGAUGGCCAGCCAGUCGCAAGGCAUCCAGCAACUGCUGCAGGCCGAGAAGCGGGCGGCCGAGAAGGUGGCUGAUGCCCGCAAGCGGAAGGCCCGGAGGCUGAAGCAGGCCAAGGAGGAGGCGCAGAUGGAGGUGGAGCAUUACCGCAGGGAGCGGGAGCAGGAGUUCCAGUCCAAGCAGCAAGCCGCGAUGGGGUCGCAGGGGAACGUGUCUGCGGAGGUGGAGCAGGGGACAAGGCGCCAGGUGCAGGACAUGCAGAGCGCACAGCAGCGCAGCCGAGAGCGCGUCCUGGCUCGCCUCCUCACCCUCGUCUGCGACGUGAAGCCACAGAUCCACCUCAACUACCGCAUCACCGCCUAGACCACCGCCCUCCCACGCACACCGCCCCAGUCCCCGGCCCCCCACGGGGUCCCCACAGCUCCCGGACCCCCAUCCGUUCGCCCAUCCAUCCAUCCAUCCGUCCAUCCAUUCAUCCAUCCAUCCAACAAUCAGUCAAUUAUUGAGCUCUCACAGUGGG